AUGAUGAAUAAGCUCAGGAGCGUGCUGUCGAUGAAAAGGUCCUUGUGGGCAACGAAUGUUGUUGGCACUGGUGUUUUAUAUGCUACUGGAGACUCGUUAUUGCAAGCUUUGGAAGUUACGAUGGGUGGCAAAAAGAGUGCUGAUUGGGAUCCGCAGAGAACUUGCAAGAUCGAAAACCACCCUGAGCACGUCCCGUUAAACAUGGUAGUAACCAUGGUAACCAACCUUGGCUGUAAGCCCCAAAGGAAAAAGGAGCGGAGCCCCACUCUGGAGAUGAAGCCCUUGUUGGUGUCUCUGCGAGAGUUUGCUUACAAAUACCCCAGGGUUUACCUGAUGGACUUGUGCAUUUGGCCGCCCACGAUGUACCUUAACUUUUUGUUCGUUCCCGGCCAAUACCGAGUGCUGGUUGUCAAUUGCGCGAACAUCUUGUGGACAGCAUUCCUGAGCUUUGUUAAACAUGCACAGCACGAAGUCGGGCCUACGGGACUGGUGUUUGAAGAACUCGUUCCCUUUGGAAGGUUUUGA